CAAGGCAAUACGUAUUGUACAUUGUAUAUUCAUUGAAAAGCGUACACAGUGGUGGAAUAAUAGCGAGAAGAGAAAAAGAUUGUGGCAAAAGUGAACUGAAAAAAAUAAAAUCAGAAUCAAAACUGGAUUUGUUCAACUCGUGUCUCAGACAAAUCAUUCGGUGCGAAGCUGUUGAGGUGAACAGAAGCGUAGUGGCGUAGAAGUGAAAGUUGAAUUCAAACAAAUAAAACAAAAAAAAAGUUAUAAAAGAAACAUUUCAAAAUAAAUUUUUUUGUAUUAACAAACACAAACAAAAAUUAAUAAAAACAAUAUUGCAUUAAUAAAAAUAAAAAAUAUUACUGUGCAAAAAUAUGACAAAAAAUUAUAUAUGACAAUAGAAAGAAAAAAAUUGUUAUUAAAUUAUUACAAAAAUUCUAUGAACAAAUUGUUAAAAGUGAUACGGCAAAUAAACAAUUGAAAAAAUAUUUUUCGUUAAACAAAACUUCAAAAACUUUUAAAAUUUGACUAAAAAGUUCAUUAAAUCUAAAAAUGGCAACAUUAUCAUCACAUCCUAAUUAUGGUUUCCAUUUGAGUCAAGGCUUGGAUAUACCCACACCCGGUGAUUAUGCAUCACAGAGCACAUUGAGUCCAGCUGAUAUGGAUAUCAAACGUGUUAUGCACUUCUCACAAAGUGGCAGUUUGGCAGCUAUAUCUGCUGCCAUGGGUGGAUCGCCCGUCGGCGGUCAUGCGGCCAGUAACGGUAAUUCGAUUAUGGGCACAGCCAGCAUGGGUCAUAUGGGUGGACAGAAUGUAUCACAUUCAUUGGCUGGAGUUGGUGGUGCUGGCAGUCAUAUGCACACUUCCGUCGGUCAUCAAACAUUGUCGCCAAAUUCAUCAAUUGGUUCUGCUGGUAGCAUAGGCAGCCAAAGCUCACUUGGUUCGGUUGGUCACGGUGGUCAUGGCAGUGGGGGUCCAGGUUCACAUCAUCAUCCGACCUCACCUGGUCAAGAAGGUCACAUCAAGCGUCCGAUGAAUGCUUUUAUGGUGUGGUCCCGCUUACAACGUCGUCAAAUUGCCAAAGAUAAUCCAAAAAUGCACAAUUCAGAAAUAUCAAAACGUUUAGGUGCUGAAUGGAAACUGCUUGCCGACUCUGAAAAGCGUCCAUUCAUUGAUGAAGCGAAACGAUUACGUGCACUGCAUAUGAAAGAACAUCCCGAUUACAAAUAUCGUCCCCGACGCAAACCAAAAAACCCUCUAGCUGGUGGUCCACAAGGUGCUUUACAAAUGCAAGCAAAUGGUCAACAGAAAUUAGGACCGAAUGGCGGUGCUGGUGCUGGUGGCUACAAUCCAUUCCAUCAAUUACCACCUUAUUUCGCGCCAUCUCAUCAUCUUGAACAACCUUAUCCAGUACCUUACUUCGGUGGCUUUGAUCCAUUAGCUUUGUCAAAACUACACCAAACACAAGCAGCCGCCGCAGCUGCAGCCACAAAUCAAUCACACAAUGUACUUGAAGCACAGAAAGCUCCACAGCUGCCACCAACCACACUGAGCAGUUUCUAUUCGGGCAUCUACUCCGGCAUCUCUGCACCUUCCCUGUAUGCUGCACAUUCUGCGAAUGCCGCCGCUGGUUUAUACAACUCCUCAUCCACAUCAUCACCGGGCUCAUCGCCUGGCACAAUCACGCCAAACGGCAUGGAUGUAUCGAUGGACAAUGCGCUCAGACGGCCGGUACCGGUUCUAUAUUAAGAAACUUGGUAAUAUUCACACUGGUUUUACAUCAAAAGUACAAUUUAUGACUUUGUUAAAAUUUAUAAAAAAAGUAUAUAUAUCCUCUCUUUAGAAAAAAGUGAUCACGUGGUUUUAAAUCUUAUAAAGUUUAUAAGUCUCCUAGUGUUAUUCGAAAUAUUGGUAGUUGAGAAAUAUUUAACGUUUAUCAAACAUAAAAAAAAAAAAUUAUUGUAAAAUAUAUUUAAGUAUUUGUAUAUCUAAAGCCCUCAUAUGCAUUCCACUCUUGAGUCCUAUCACGACUAUCAUUGCAAGAAACUAUUGUCAGCAAUUGUGACAUUUCAGUCGCAGUUCAGUUCUAGUGAUAAGCAAACAUUUAUUGUAGUUUUAAAAAAAUUAUUUGUGUAUUUAAACUUUAAAGAUUCAGAUUAGAGAUUCAACCUAUCAAUUCUAUGUAUAAAAUGUUCAUUGUUUAGGUCCUUGAAGUAGACGUAAGUUUGUUGUUUAUCCUGCAGCUUUUUAGUUUUACUACAUUUCCAUUGUAUUUGUCCUUCAUCCCGCAAGUAUCUAUGUUACGUAUUGUAAAAUUUAUUUAUGUUUUUAAACAAUUGUAAAUACGAUAAAUUAAUUUAAUUGAAACUAAAAUUGUAUAAUAAAAUGAUUGUGUAAUGCAUUUAAAUAAAAGUAUUAUUAUAUAUGUAUAACUAAUAAAUAAUUUAAAAAAUAUGACAUGAAAUGAAAUAAAAA